UCUUGGGGCUCUUGCGUCACGAAGAUGAACACAGGAAGCGUGAGAAUAAAUGGCACGCCUUCGCUAUUCAACAGGCGGCGUGGUGUGGCGUGGCGUGUAAUUCGCGUGUUUAAAGAAGUAGUAACUGAGCGACUGAGAGAAGGAAGUUAAAGGAGCGCAACUGUACAGAGUGAGAGGUGCGAGUAUGGACUAAGAGUUUUAUGCUUUUUAAUGGUAAUCUUCUAUAGAUGUAGCAUAUUUUCCUCAAUACAGGUAAAACAGUAUUCCACUUGUCUAUCCGGUGCUAUGUAACCCCUUUGCUCUGGCGGCAUCCAAUCAGUCAGACACUCAACCACACAUCGUUUGCUAAGGUGUCAAUACUUGGUUGGAGGGAAUGAAGGAAAAUAUCAUUACUAUUCCUUGGCAUUAAGCUGAUAUAAACCUCUCUUGAAUAAUCUUUAAUUCGGAGGAAGGAACUUAUUUUGCUUCAUUACAAGAGUGCAGAUACUUUGAAAUCGAUAUAUCUUCCAGACUCUCCGAAUGUUUUUUCUAAAAUAUCCAGUGCAAUAGCAAAUUAUUUCGUGAAAUAUACAUAAUUUUCCUCGCGAGUUACCAUGUCUUCUUGCUUAACCAUCCGUCUCUAUUUCUCAGAAUUAUUUUUUGUUGUUGCUUCCUCUCAUCCUUUCUGGAAUUCCUGGGACCCAUCGAGCUUUUUUCUUCACGUUGCCUGUUUUUGUCCAUUCCUUUUGUUUUUGUUUACCUGUUGCGAUACCUCAUUGUGAAUUUAGUUUAAUCUCCCAGUGUCUGCGUUGCUCCUAUUCUAUCUAAGUAUGGGAUAAUAAUAGGCCAGUGUUUCCCUCUAUCUGCAUUCCUAUUCCGGUGUGUGCGUGUGUUCGUUGAUCCGCACUGCAUUACUCGGUUCGCAGGGGAGACACGAGUUCAAUGGUCGUGUCUCCAUGUUCAUGCGUGACAAGACGCGGCGAGAACAAGGAGGGGUCGUGCAUGAUUCUGGUGCAAGUAGUAAGUAAUUUAGUAUAUGAGUCGUAAGUGGCGAAGAACUAUCAUAUGAUCAAUACCCAGUCGCACUUUCCACCCCUCCUUUCCUUUUCUCUUCAUUUGUGACUGGAGCGCUACUGGUACUGCACGUGUCACCGUCUUCCGUGCCUCCUCGCUAGCCCUGCCCGCCUCAGAGACGUCACCUCACGAUAACAGAGUAGCGUACCGUCCUGCUCCUGGGUGUAGGGCAUAAGUGGGCUGAUGGAGGACCUCUCGCGGUCGCUAUGGUAACACUACAAACAAAGCCGCGUCAGCUGGCACGUUCGGUCUCUCAGUGAGGGGGCCACUCAGUCAGCAUGGGCCCGCCGCCACCACCCGCUGAGGCGCCCCUAGUGCCCCGUCAGCCGCGUGAGGGCCUGGCUGGAUGAGGCCGCGGCGGGGCAGUGCUCGUGUGGCCAUCCCAUUGUCAAGAUGUCACAGCACGAGAGUUUGGAAAUAUAUAAUUAGUGGCCUACUUAUGUCCUUACACGAGGUGAUCAGAUCUUCCGCUGUCGUCCACGUGUCUUCACAAUCACAUGUCCCAAGAUGAAAUAAUGUUCCUAAACUGUGGUUACGUUUUUCAUAAUGUUUGUUAUUGAAAGAUCAAUGACUUCUCUUUCAAAUACUCAUGACGAAGAAAGAAAAGAAAAUGCAGUGAAAUGUGCAAUUGCUUGGUAAAUGGUGAUCCAACCUUGUGAAGUACAUAAUGUGGUGAUGACUCCCGGCGGCCACUCGCCUCUGUGACACGAGGCUGUCCUCACCAGCAUGCAUCGGCGGGUGCAGCAGGUAGCGGCCGACGAGCGCCACACUAGCACACCCUCUGAUCUGCUGUCGGAGCUUCACGUGUACACCUUACCGCAGGAUAAAUGGAUCCCCUUCAGGAGGCUCGCCAGGAACACGGUCGUAGAAGAGACCGUGUCGGCGGGCUUUGUCAGGGUGCCGCAUGACCUGACCUUGGCCGACCUGAGGCAUGAACUCCGCGGCCAGCUGAUAGAUGAGGACCUGCCGGAGCAUUACGUGUUCAUCAAGUGCGUCGGCAGGAACUUUACGCAGGUCAAGCCCCACCAGGAGUAUGUGGUUAAAGUCAAGAACUUCCUCCCACCGAGAGCUGAGGAGCCGGAGAUUCACAUCCUGGAGAUCAGUGAGGCGCUGCUGAGGUACGCCCCAAGUCUCUCCAAUAUCCUCGUCUCCGACAAUGAGAUUUCGGAUUCCCAAACUCACGGCGCCGCUUCCCAGCCCUCCUCCAGAUUGCAGCAUUACGAACUCUUCAGGAAACUCGACAAUAGUGUGAAUGAAGAUGGAGAAAACGAACUUGAUGGGAAUGUUGAAGGAGGCUACGCUCGGGGCCAAAGGGGUAAGGGGUGGGGAGGAGGAAACAGAGGGGCGGACCAGGAUAGGUGGGGGGACGCGAGAGAGGAGGCAGAGACGCUAUGGAAUGAGAACAACGAGGUACUUCUUCGCGUGGACAGGAGAGGGGACGGGCAGAGCGACGGAGGAACCACUGACGGGAAGGACGGGACAGCUGACGGAGAGAACGAGACGGAGAGUGACAGAGGAGAGGUGAUUGUGAUUGACGGGACGGAGGUUCUCAUCAUAGACAGAGGGACGGGAGAGGGGAGGCGAGAGAGAAGGAACCUUGCGAGAAUAGCAGAGGGGAGACGAGCGAGUGAAGAGAGGAGUGGACUGAUUCGUGAGCAAGGGAAUGGUGGGACGAGUGACGACGAUGGCCAGGUCUCAAGUAGCAGAAGAAAAACGGGUUACAAGAGGAAAGGGAGGACUCCGGCAAACGGCAGGGAGCCCCAGAGCAGUGACAGUUAUGAGCACAGCGACGGCAAUACUGACGGCAGUAGGCAAGUCAGGAGUAAGGGAAGGAGUAAGAUGAAGGAGGAAGAGGUGAGGAGUAGAGUAAAGGAAGACGGAAGAAAUAUGACAAGGGAUGGAGAUGGUAAAGCUGUUCACGGAGGAAGGGAGGAUGAUGAUGGACAAGGAAGAAAUGACAGUGAAAGUAAUGUUAAUGAAACCGACGUAGACGAAAGAGGAGAGACGAUGACUGAUACCGCCACCACAGGGAAGGAAAUGACGGAAGCAGAGAGGAAGGGAGGAGGAAAGAAGCCCCCAUCCACACGCCAUGAAUCUGCCGCAUCACCAGACAAGGGCGCCAGAAAUACAAACGAAAAAAGACAAAAACGGAGCGCAGCGCAUGGUGACAAGGAAACCCACGCCCGUGACAAGAAUACAGAAAACGUAAAUGCGAAUGAAGAAAAUGAAGGUCGAAACAGCCAACUGAGGGAAGAGGGAUACCACUUCGAGGAGGGAGAAGGAACAGAAGUAGGCGAAGGAAUUGAAACACAUACAAAUACAAGACACAAACAAAAUGCAACCCAGAAACGAAACGAAGGCGCCACGACUAGCGAACAUACACUUGGAGAAGAAGACAACGCAGGCAGUAAGGGACGUGAGCGAGGUGUUAAUAGGCACAUGAGCGAAAAAAGCAGUGGACGGUCUGACGAUGAUGAAUAUGAUGCUGAUAGUUAUUCGAACCCUGACGGAGAAAGUGACAGAGACGCCAGUGAGCAAAGUUACCAAGAGAGCGCUGAGUCAGACCAAGAACGCCUGCGGGAGGGUGGAAGCAAAACAGGGGAAGGAAGGGACACCAGAAAUACUGCAAAGGAUCGAAAAGAGAAUGACCAAGAAGGAAGACUUCGAAAAGGACAAGGAAAAAACAAUGGAAUGGGAAAAGGAAAGAGAGGGAAAGAAGAUGGAGAAAGAGGAACAGGGACACAAAGAGAUGGAACAAAAAGAGGAAAAGGAAAAGAAGUGGAUGGAGGUGGAGGAAAGAGAACAGGAAAUGAUGGAAGAACAGCAAACCAAGUAAGGAAGAAAGGAACAUUAAAAACAAGAGGUAAUGGAGUAACCAAUGAAGAAGGAGAAAUUCGGUAUGAUCUGGAAGGUAACACAGAACAAAGAGGCGAAGAGGAAGGAGGUGGAAAUGGCGGAAGAGGAAACAUGCAAGGCGGCUUUGAAAGGGAGACUGAAGGAAGAAGAAGAACUGGAGGAGCCGGAAGAGGAGAAACUGAAGACGAUCCUGAAACAGAUGGAGGAGGAGGAGGAGGAGGAGGACAUGGAGCAGGAAGAGGACAAGGAGCAGGAGGAGGACAAGGAGCAGGAGGAGGAGAAGCAGAAGGAGGAGAAGAAGGAAGUGAUCUUGAAGGACAAUCUCAAGGAAAAAUUGAGGGAGGAAAAGGAAGAAGAAGAGGAAAGGACGGAAAAGAUGCAACAGGUGGGAGAGGAGGAGAAAGAGGAAGAGGACGAGGAGGAGGAAGAGGAGGAGGAAGAGGACGUAAUGGAGGAGAACGAGGAAGAGGAAAAGGAAGAGGAGGAGGAGGAGGAGGAGGAGAAGGAGGAGGAGGAGGAGGAGGAGAUGGUGAAGGAGGAGAUGGUGAAGGAGGAGAAGAGGAUGAAGAAGAUGGAGGAGGAGGAGGAGGAAUAGAAGGACGAGAAGGCGGAGUAGGAGGAGGAAGAGGGCAUAAAGGAGGAAAACGAGGAAGAGGAAGAGGAAAAGGAAGAGGAAGAGGAGGAGGAGGAGGAGGAGGAGGAGGAGGAGGAGGAGGCGAUGGUGAAGGAGGAGAAGAGGAUGAAGAAGAUGGAGGAGGAGCAGGAGGAGGAGUAGAAGGACGAGAAGGCGGAGUAGGAGGAGGAAGAGGAGGUAAAGGAGGAGAACGAGGAAAAGGAAGAGGAGGAGGAGGAGGAGAAGGAGGAGAUGGUGAAGGAGAAGAGGAUGAAGAAGAUGGAGGAGUAGGAGGAGGAAGAAGAGGUAAAGGAGGAGAACGAGGAAGAGGAAAAGGAAGAGGAGGAGGAGGAGGAGAAAUAGAAGGACGAGAAGGCGGAGGAGGAAGGAGAAAAGUAAGAAGAGGAGGAGGAGGAGAAGGAGGAGAAGAAGAUGGUGAAGAAGGAGAAGAGGAUGAAGGUGAAGGAGGAGGAGGAGGAGGAGGAGUAGAAGGACGAAAAGCAGGAGGAGGAGGGAGAGGAGUAAGAAGAGGAGGAGGAGGAGGAGAUGGUGAAGAAGGAGAAGAGGAUGAAGAAGAUGGAGGAGGAGGAGGAGGAGGAGGAAUAGGAGGAGUAGAAGGACGAGAAGGCGGAGGAGGAAGGAGAGGAGUAAGAAGAGGAGGAGGAGGAGAUGGUGAAGAAGGAGAAGAGGAUGAAGAAGAUGGAGGAGGAGGAGGAGUAAAAAGACGAAAGGGCGAAGGAGGAGGGAGAAGACUAAGAAGAAUUGGAAGAGGAGGAGGAGGAGGAGGAGGAGAUGGUGAAGAAGGAGAAGAGGAUGAAAAUGAUGGAGGAGGAGGAGGAGGAGGAGUAAAGGGACGAAAGGGCGAAGGAGGAGGAAGAGGACUAAGAAGAAGUGGAGGAGGAGGAGGAGGAGGAGAUGGUGAAGAAGGAGAAGAGGAAGAAGAAGAUGGAGGAGGAGGAGGAGUAAAAGGACGAAAGAGCGAAGGAGAAGGGAGAGGACUAGGAAGAAGAGGAGGAGGAGAUGGGAAGAAGAGGAGGAAGAGGCCAUAA